GGAAACAAGGAGGCAUAGAGAGGAGAUAGAGGAGAGAGAGGAGAGAGAGGAGAGAGGAGGAACGAGGUGGGGAAGGGUUAUCGAUAUUGGAUCGAGGGCCCUGGUAGAGGAGGGGGUGGGGUGGAAGACAGUACAUCUCUCGCUCCCUUUGCUUUGCUAUCUCUCGCUCGCUUCCUUUCCUGAGGAAUGCCAAGCCUUUCCUUCACCAACAUUGACAGCUUCUCUCGGGGUUGCUGCUCUCAUCCUUUAGAACUUAGAUAAAGUAGAAGCAAGAAAUAUUUCAACAUCAUACAAAAUUGCCAAUGCAAAUGAUGCCUCCAUAGGAAUUUUGCAACCGAAGUUACACUAACAGUCCCAGCCCGUAAGGUAACUCAUGCAUGCCUACCAACCCCUGCCACCAAUUCAGACCAUCUCCAAUGGCCGUCGCCGUCGACCACUGCCACGGUUUCAAGCCCCCCAUCUGGAACCGCCGCUGCCGCCUCCGCUCCUUCCCCCACCCCGACGCCGCCCUCCUCGACCCCGACCCCCCCUACUCCGCCCUCCCCAUCAUGCCAUCCCCUAACUUCCCCCGUAGCGUCUCCACCCCCUGCCUCUCCUCCGCCACCGCCCCCGCCAGCCCCGACGAGCCACCCGACCACAUUGCCCGCAUCGAGAUCGUCGGCGGCCGCCGCGCCUGCGGCGUCCGCGCCCUCGUGGUUGAGGUGGCCAUCGCCAUGGCCUCCGGAACCCAGCCGGUCCCCGUCACCAACGGCCUCAGCGGGGCCUACUACCUCCGCAACCGCUCCGGCGAGAGCUUCGUCAUUGUCAAGCCUAUCGACGACGAGCCACUGCCCAUCGGCAUCCUCGGCCGGCCCGGGUCGCGCCACUCGGUGCGCGCCAGCGAGACCGGGGUGCGCGAGGUGGCUGCCUACCUCCUCGACCACGGCAGCUUCUCCGGCGUCCCUCCCACCGCCCUCAUCAAGAUAUCCCAUCCUGCGUUCGCCUCCGGCACCAACUCACAGGCGGCGAGACAGACGGCGUCCAUCCAGCGGUUCGUGCCCCACGACUUCGACGCCGGCGAGCUCGGGCCGUCGCGGUUCUCCGUGUCGUCGGUGCACCGGAUCGGCAUCCUCGACAUCAGACUCCUCAACAUCGACCGCCAUGCCGGGAAUAUCCUCGUCAAGAAAAGGCCGACCGGCAGCCACGGAUGCCACGACAGCUAUGACAGUUACAGCAACGACUCGGUGACAGAGCUGGUGCCCAUCGACCAUGGGCUCUGCCUGCCGGAAAUCCUCGACGACCCCUACUUCGAGUGGCUCCACUGGCCGCAGGCCGCCGUGCCAUUCUCCGAGCACGAAGCUGAGUACGUAUCAGCACUGGACCCGUUCCGCGACGCCGAGCUCCUCCGGGCGGAGCUGCCAUCCCUGAGAGAGUCGGCCAUAAGAAUCCUGGUUCUCUGCAGCAUCUUCUUGAAACGAGCACUUGCUGCUGGUCUUUGCCUGGCCGACAUCGGAGACAUGAUGACCCGCGAGUUCUCCGGCCUCGAAGAAGGGCCGAGCAUGCUUGAGACACUCUGCAAGCAGGCCGAGGAUUCCAUGAACAGCACCACACUGUCAUCUGACGACGAGGAAGUAGUACUCGAAGGCAAUGAGUCCAAACAAUUCCAAUUCGAAAUGGAAAGCGAUGACAGAGGGUUCUCGGAGAGCAGCGAGGUGCUGGACAUUCCUCUCCUGCUCCAGAGCAAGACACCGAAGGAUCCGACGGCGAAUGCAGAUACUAAUCGGAAGGUUUUGGUCCCUUUGCAUGAAGAUGAGGGGGACGAGGAGGGUGAUGGCGGCACCAAGUUGGGAGGCAUUGCAAAGAGUGUAAGCUUCUCAGCAGCAGGUUUUAGUUGCGAGGGGGUUGGGGGCUUGGGGGCUAAGAGCAUUACUUUCGAGGGGUUGAGUGAGGAGGAAUGGGGGCGGUUUUUGGAGAGGUUUGAGCAGCUGCUGCCUGAUGCUUUUGAGGCUAGGAAGAGCAUGGGGUUGAAGCAGCAAAGACUGGGGACCUCAUGCAAGUUUUGAGACACAGGGGAGAGGGGCAGAAGGAUGGCUGAAGCCAGUAGAUUGUAGGAGCUUUUAUGCUUAUUGGAUGAGGGCCGUAGCAAAAUUGUACGUACGUUAGCUCGUGUACCAUAAGGUCAUUUGAUGUAGGAACUCCACAUACCACAUCGGUGUGGGCCACCGGCUUGAACAUACCUUGGUAGGUCAUUUGAUGGUUUCUCAUGAGGAUGUAAACUUAAUCACCAAAAGCUUACUUUGUAUUUGGUAGAAAAAAAAACUCUUGGCAAAAAAGAAAACUUUUGGACUAUUUUCC